AUGGUGAGGGGGCCAACAGGAAACUGCUAAGGGAGUCUGAGUCCUUUUAUUCUCUUGCAGUUGCAGAGAAAAGAGGGUGGAGAAAAGGGGUCCGCCCCAGGUGUCAUCACUGAGGCGGGUGGCAAAAGGACAAAAAGCAGAGUUUAAAAAUAAAUAAAAAUUGGGCUCACCAAACCUUUUAGUUGAGUCAAAAAACGCGGCUGGCACUGGGCGCCACACCAUGGGGGCUGGCACUUACCGGGGGGGGGUGCAGAGUGCCUGAUCCACGCAUCUCUCCUGGGGGUGACGUGGUGGCUUGGGCCCCUGCAGGUUGGACGCUGCCUGAAACGGCAGCGUGGGGCUUGCGUCUGCCCCCUGCCUCUCCCUCAACCGCCCUACAGCUGGGGGGAAGGCAGCAGAGAGGCUCCAGGCAGCGCCCCCCGCCCACAGGACCCCCGUGUUGAACCAGGCACCCGAGUGGCUGGCUAUGCCGCUGUUCUGUUGUUUUAAUGAUGGGUGCCUUGAGAGUUAAUGUGCUGUGCUUGCUUGCCCCACUUGUCCUGAUGGAGCAGCCCCCCAUGGCGCCAGGGCUAUAGGGCUUCCCUGGCUAGCGACUCAAUGUGGGCAGGAGAGUUUAGCUUCUGGGUUCCUGCCUGUCUCAUUUUGGGCUGCUCUCUUUCUCCCCUCUCCCCACCACCACCUCUGGGGUCCUGUCUCUGCCAGCAGUCAGCCAUCGAGUGUGACGAUUUCGAUGAAAAGGAGACGUAGGCAAAGACAAGGAGAGCCCGAGACAUCUGGAUCUCCUGAGUCCCGACUGGGUAGGUGGCUGUGGCCUAAGCGGUGAUUGGCAGAAGGGGAGGGGGGCAUAUCAACCGCAGAAUGAAGCUGUUGUUUCAGUUAUGGAUACCUUGAGUUUUAAUGUUUGAUUGUGUUUUUUAAUUGCUCGUUUUUUUGCAUCUUUUCCUUGCAGGUUCCAAGUCUGUCCCCGUUUAGUAGCCUUUCCUCCGUCCUCCGUGUCCUCCCUGGAUUCCCUUUGGGACUCACUCAAUGAGGUACGUAGCAGACAGAGCAGGAGAGAAGCCCUGCUGAACAGCACAAGGGCAACCCUGAGGCUGGAGAGGAGGAGGAGGAGGAGGAAGCUGGCUGGCUGGCCGGCCAGGCCACCUUCUGGACGGUUGUGAGCAAGGGGGCAAACAGGCAGGGGGCUGCUAAGGGCAGACCAUGCUUGCUGCCCCACUCCUCCUGAUGGACCAGCCCCCCAUGGCGCCAGGGCUGUAGGGCUUCCCUGACUAGUGACUCAAUGUAGGCAAGAGAGUUUCCCUUCUGGGUUCCUGCCUCAUUUUGUGCUGCUCUCUUUCUCCUCUCUCCCCACCACCACUGCCACCACCUCUAGGGUCCUGUCUCUGCCGGACGUCAGCCUCUGAAUCCGAUGAAAAAGUGGCUAGCCAGGAGGAUGAGCCACAGGAAGAACUAGGGAGCCCCCCAGAGGAGGAAGGGGAGGACAAGGAGACCCUUGAUUUGCCCGAUUUGCUGUGCCCCCCCCCCCACCUGGAGACAACGCAGAAGAACACCUGGAGCUAAGAGGUCAGACGAAACAUUAAGAUACAAUCAUUCAUGACAUAUUAAAAGCUUCCCUGAACAGGGCUGCCUUCAGAUGUCUUCUAACAGUCAGAUAGUUGUUUAUUUAUUUGACAUCUGCUGGGAGGGCAUUCCACAGGAGGUGCCAUCACCGAGAAGGCCCUAUGCAGUGGGGGAACCGCCAGAAGUCCCUCGGCGCUGGAUCUCAGUGUCCGGGCAGAACGAUGGGGGUGGAGAUAAUUCUCCUGGGUUGCUUUUGGUUUGCUAUUUGUUUUGUAAGAUAUCUCUUUUGAAUGAGUUUCCAGGUGGCUCCUGCCAAAUGAAGUUAUUAAUUGCAAAGUGGGUUUGGCGAUAAUAAAACCAUGUUGGCACUUCGCAAAGCCAGUUCUCUCUGGGGUUUUCCUGCCUCCUAUACCUUCCCCCCACCCCCUUGUUCUUGGUUUUGUGUCUCGUUCAGAUCUCUCCAAGGCCGACCACAUGAGAACUUGGGAGAGGAGUGUUCCCUACUGACUACAACCCUUUUGUAUAAUGCCUCGCCCCCGAAAAGAAAAGGAGGGAUUAUGACAGCCUGCCACCACAAGGGCCCUUCUUCGUGUGGCUCCUUCACAAACGGUCUGGAGGGCAGCAACACAAGAAGGGGCCUUUUCUGUGGUGGCUCCCCACUUGUGGAAUGCUCUCUCCAGGGAGGCUCAUCUGGCACCUUCAUUAUGUAUCUUUAGGUGCCAAGCAAAGAUGUUUCUCUAGAACAGAGCUUUCCAAACUGUGUGCUCCUCCCAGGGCUGGAAAAGGGCUAGUUGAACUGAAUCCUUGUGUUGCGAAAUGAGGCAUGUCUCCAAAGUGUGUCACCAACAUGGAAAGUUCUGCUCCAGAACCAGCCUUUGGCUAAUUGAACAAUGCAUGGCCUUUUCAACAUGCUUGUGGAUUGGGAGGUUGGCUUAUGAGUUCGUUGUUUUUUUUAAUGCAUAUGUUGUAUUUUUAUUUUGUAUUUUUAUGCUGUAAGCCACCCUGAGAGCUUCAGACGAAGGACGGCAUACGGAUUUAAUCAAUCAAUCUUUUGAUUGAUUGAUUAAUGAUUGUGGCAUUUUCCCAGAAUCUGGAGGUGAAUUGUUUACUUUUUUCACAGGACUGCGAGGAAGAGAGACCUCCGAAGACCCCCACUUGCCUCGGUUCCAUCGUCUUCAGGACUCACAGGGUCUUCAGAAGAGGGCCGCCGCCAGCACCACCAGUGCCACCGGGGCAACCCAGUACAAGAGGCAGCAGGGGGCGCAGGGAGAAAGGAGGCCACUCUGCACGCGGCUCAGGCAGCUGUGUCCACCCUGAACCAAGGUGAGGAGUUGGGAGGCUCGCACCGAUCCACCCGGGGAGAUUUUGUCACCCUCCCCCCCCCCCCAGAGAUGACACUCGGGGCGAUACCCCCCCCCGCACCCACCUUCCUCCGCCAGUGGUGGCAGGGGAGUCCCUAAGGGACAUUUCCUUUUUGUUGUCCUUCCACAGGUCUUAAUCCUUGUGGUCCAAACUGGAGAGGAGGAAUAAAAGAUCAGAGCGCGGAGGCAAGCGGGGCGAGAAAUGUAGGGGGAAACCCAACCCCACAUGGCCUUAUGCCGGCGUCCCACACGGCCACCCCCAGUCCUAGAGCCUGUCACCUUUGGAGAUUGUGGAGUGGAACGGAGAAGACAGCUGGCAAAGGGUGGACAGCGAAGGAGAAGUGCGAGAGAACGACAGCGUCUGCGGUGGCGGAGGAGAAGGAGAAGGCAGGACUGAGAGGGGAACGAUCCUGGAAGGUGGCUUGA